AUGGCCGCCGAAUACAAGAACACAAACGUCAAUGAGCUCGCCAAGCAGGCGGAGCAGGACCUCAACAGCCACAGCGCUAAACAUGGUCAUGAGGUUGGUGAUUCGACCGUCGAAUCCGGCGUCGACACGGCAAACGUAGAACCCCACUUCGCCGGCGCAAACGUAAAAUACGGCUCCGACGCCAGCGGCGCUGGCAACAACCGCGACAUCCCCCUCGACGAAGGCGGUUCCAUCAAGCCCAACGGCCAGCCUACCAAGGCUGCGGAUUUCGCACAUGGAGGUGUGGGUGCGCCGGAGGCGAGGGAUCAGAAGUUUGCUGAGACGCAUGGUGGGGAUGACUCUGUUAGGGGGAAUGUUAGGAAUUAG